AUGUCUCAAAAUGAUCCCAAAAGAAAGAGGUCAGGAUCACUGAGGACACAAAUGUUCAAUAAACACUUGUACGAUAAGUUUAGACAGAACUCUUCGCAAGAUGACUCUGAGCCCGUGGAGUUAAGUGAUACAAUAGAGACAACAGUUGAAGAGGACCAAGAAACAGGAGAAGAGGACUUUGAGAUAGAGCAAGACGCAAUUAUUGAUCAAGUUGUCUGUAAGACUGGUUUCCUUCCUAGAACAUUAGAUUUGCUCUUAAAUAGACAACGAAUAUUACAUUCUAAAAGUGGUAGACAUAUUCCCAUAACAUUGGACCAUACGUUAGCUGAAUAUUCAAAAUUUACAUCAGCUGAUAGUGAUCAACUUAUAGACGAAAGAACGGACAAACCAUACUGCAAUAAUUCGAUAACAUCAUCACGCUAUACAAUAUAUUCAUUUUUGCCAAAACAGUUAUAUGCCCAGUUCUCUAAAUUGGCAAACGCAUACUUUUUUAUUGUAUCAAUUUUACAGAUGAUUCCAGGGUGGUCAACUACAGGAACAUACACAACCAUCGUUCCAUUACUGAUUUUUAUGGCCAUAUCAAUGGCAAGAGAGGCUUGGGACGAUUUUAGGAGGCAUAGGCUGGAUAUGGAAGAAAAUAAAAGGAUUUGUCAAGUACUGACUAAGGAUAUAAACAAUGAAGUGCGAUCUCAUUCAAAUUCAGGCUUACCCAAUAACGAAUCUCUAAAUACUCAUUUCACUAAUUUUGACUUAUUAGCUAGUAAGCACAAUGUUGUAAUAGAGGAAAAGCAGUGGAAGGAUUUGUGCGUCGGUGAUUUCGUAUAUUUAAAACAGGAUGACUGUGUACCGGCGGACAUCCUACUGUUGAUAUCUGAUGGAGACAACACAGAAGCUUUUGCAGAAACAAUGGCAUUAGAUGGUGAAACAAACUUAAAAAGCAGGCACCCUCAUCCUGAAUUGAGUAAAUUAACGUGUUCUGCAUCUGGUUUGGCGAAUAUUAAUGCACAAGUAACUGUAGAAGAUCCCAAUGAUGAUUUGUACAAUUUUGAAGGUAAUUUGGAACUCCAGGAUCGCAACGAUAAUACUAUAAGAAAAUUUCCUAUUGGACCGGAAAAUGUCAUUUAUCGUGGUAGUAUAAUUAGAAAUACCAGAAACUUAGUUGGGAUAGUGAUUUCCUCAGGUGAAGAGACGAAGGUCAGAAUGAACGCGCUGAAGAAUCCAAGAAUAAAAGCUCCAAAAUUACAGAGGAAAAUUAAUAUGAUCAUAGCGCUAAUGGUUCUUGUCGUUAUCUGUAUGUCAAUGUUUUCUUACAUGGGACAUGUACUUUUUAACAAGAAAUAUUUGAAUGAAAAUCAAGCAUGGUAUCUAUACAAGCAAGACGCUGGUGUGGCACCCACAAUUAUGUCAUAUUUAGUGAUGUACAAUACAUUAAUUCCAUUAUCUCUAUAUGUCACGAUGGAAAUAAUAAAGGUAAUGCAAUGUAAAAUGAUGGAAUGGGACAUUGAUAUUUACCAUAGUGAAAGCGAUACACCUUGUGAAGCGAGGACAGCCACAAUUUUAGAGGAAUUAGGACAAGUAUCAUAUAUUUUUAGUGAUAAAACAGGAACGUUGACAGACAACAAGAUGGUUUUCAGAAAAUUUUCACUACUGGGUUCUUCUUGGAUCCAUUAUGCCGACCCAUCCGAAAACAGUUCGUUGGCAUUAGGACAGCAAGAUACUGAAUUAGAUGUUGUUUCAAUAGAAGACCGGAGCUUCUUAAAUCAAUUUGGAAUAAGAGACAAUGAUCAAAAUUCUAUGAAUUCACAUGAACUGAGGAACCGUUCAAUUCACCCUCGAACCUCCGUGGAAUUCAAAGGUAAUUCCUCAGCGAAAUACUCCGGUAGACCAAGUAUGAGUUCUUUAUAUGGAAGAAUGAAACCUGUUUCCGAUUCACUAAGUACAAUCAAUUCACACGGAAGUAGUGCAACAGGUAAUGAGAACAUUAAAAGCUCGUAUGAGUUAAUAAGGUACAUUCAAAAGUUUCCAGAUACGGAGUUUGCGAAAAAAGCUCGCUUUUUUAUACUUUCAAUAGCACUAUGUCAUUCUUGUUUACCACAGAAGGUAACUUCUGAUGCCGACAAUGAAGAAAAUGAUACUAUUGAAUAUCAAUCCUCAUCACCUGAUGAGCUAGCUUUGAUUACAGCUGCUAGAGAUUUGGGUUACAUUGUAAUCAACCGAAAUGCGAAAAUACUUACAGUCAAAUCUUUUCCUCACGGAUUUGAUUCUCAACCUAUCCUAGAGGAUUACGAAAUCCUCGAUACAGUUGAAUUUAAUUCUCAGAGAAAAAGGAUGUCUGUUAUUGUGAAAUUCCCGGGCCCAGAAGGCAAGCUCCUUUUAAUUUGUAAAGGUGCUGAUAACGUGAUUCUAGAGCGCUUGCAUAAUAGUGCUAUUGCACUAAAAAAAAUGGAAGAUAUCAAUGCCGCGAUAUCUGAACGUAAGGAAACUGAAGCAGAAGUUGUACUUCAACAAAGAAAGUCGUUAGAAAGAAUUGCUUAUGACGGGAAUAAUCCCCGAAGCUCAUUAAGGUCUGCCCUGAGUGACCCAAGAGAAAGCUUAUCAUUAAAAGCAAUGAGAACAAGUCUGUCUUCUAAGAACAACAAGAGGACAGACCCUGAGAUGCAGAUUGGCUCUAUUGACGCUUUUCUGGACACUGUUAAAAAAGCAGACAGAGAAAUAAAUGAGGUAAUUAGUAGAAGUAGAAAAUCACUACAUAAACAACAGCAUGAAAAAUAUGGACCACGAUAUUCCCUUGACAGUCAGGUUAUUGAUAAAAAUGGAAGGCUGAACGUUUCCAUAUCGUCAGAUGAAAAAGAGAUGCUUGAAUACAUCGGUGAUGAUAAACUAAUAUCGAACGAAGAAUACAUCAUUGAAAAGACAAUCCAAGCUAUUGACGAAUUUUCAAUGGAAGGUCUAAGAACACUUCUAUAUUCUUAUAAAUGGUUGGAUGAGGAUGAGUAUGCAACUUGGAGAACUAGGUACCAUGAUGCAAAGACCUCUUUGAUUGAUCGUAAAAGGAGAAUAGAUGAAGUGGGUGAAGAGAUUGAGAAGAAUAUGGGGCUCCUAGGAGCUACAGCUAUAGAGGAUAAAUUACAAGAAGGCGUUGCGGAGACAAUCGAAAAAAUUAGGAGGGCUGGCAUUAAGAUGUGGAUGCUAACUGGUGAUAAAAGAGAAACAGCUAUCAAUAUAGGCUAUUCUUGUAGACUUAUCUAUGAUUAUUCCACGGUGGUGAUAUUGACCUCGAAUGAUGAGAACAUUAUUUCAAAAAUGAAUGCUGUCUUGCAAGAAAUGGCAUCUAGUAACAUAGCACAUUGUGUUAUUGUCAUAGAUGGUCUAACAUUAGGUCUUUUUGAAGGGAAUCCAAUAUUAAUGUCCGUUUUCAUUGAAUUAUGUACAAAAGCUGACUCAGUUAUAUGUUGUCGUGCUUCCCCAUCCCAAAAAGCUUUAAUGGUUUCAAAUAUAAGAAAAACAGAUAAAAGCAUGGUAACAUUAGCUAUUGGGGAUGGAGCAAAUGACAUUUCAAUGAUUCAAAAUGCAGAUAUUGGUAUUGGUAUUGCAGGUAAAGAAGGUCUACAGGCCUCCAGAUCCUCAGAUUAUUCUAUUGCUCAAUUCAGGUAUUUAUCAAAAGUGCUUUUUGUACAUGGUCGUUACAAUUAUAUCCGUACAUCAAAGUUUGUCUUAUGUACCUUUUACAAGGAACUGACUUUUUAUCUCACACAAAUGAUUUAUCAAAGAUGGACAAUGUUUUCUGGCACGUCCAUGUAUGAGCCAUGGUCUUUAUCGAUGUUCAACACAUUGUUCACUUCUUUACCCGUUCUUUGUAUCGGUAUGUUUGAAAAGGACUUGAAACCAAUGACGUUGUUAUCAGUUCCUGAAUUAUAUUCAUUAGGUAGAUUGUCAGAAGGCUUUUCUUUAUCAAUGUUUAUUGAAUGGUUGAUAUUGGGGACAGUUAAUUCUCUGCUUGUGACCUUUCUCAAUGUGCUAAUGUGGGGUUAUACAUCACUUUCUGAUAAUACACUGUAUCCUCUUGGUGUUAUUAAUUUCACUGCGAUUGUUGUAUUAGUCAAUGUCAAAUCGCAAUUUGUAGAAAUGAGGAAUAGGAACUGGUUGGCUUUAGCGUCUGUGAUACUUUCAUGUGGGGGAUGGUUGGUUUGGUGUUGUGCUCUUCCUGUAAUUAAUCAUUCUGAUCAAAUCUAUGACGUUCCAUAUGGAUUUCUUCAUCAUUUUGGGAGAGACAUAACGUUUUGGUGCUCUUGUUUAGCACUAGCUGUUUUACCAACCACUUUAGACAUUGUUUUCAAAACAUUCAAAAAAUUGCUGUGGCCCAGUGACUCUGAUAUCUUUUCGGAAUUGGAGCAGAGAAGUAAUAUUAGAAAGAAGCUUGAAAUGGGGGCCUAUAAUGAAAUGAAGCAAGGUUGGACAUGGGAACGUGACCCCAACGCCUUUAAGAGAUAUAAAGAAAAAAUAAAGUCGAGCUCAGGUUCAAAGGCCAGUUUAUCGUCAGGAAUUGAUACAGUAGUGACCAAUGAUAAAACCAAAGAGGUGAAUGACGCUACGCCAGAUGUGACCCCCGCACUCCGUGAUCAAAUAUCAUCAUCUAAAAAUGCUUCCGAAGUUUACGAAGUCUUACCCAGCGGAAAAAUCAUCAGAAGGGAGUCUCUGCAGAGUUACAAUAAUGGUACAGAGCCAAAUAAUGUUGCUUCCAGACUGUCGAAGAAGUUAAGAUUCAAGUUAACAAAGAGGAGUGAGGAUGAAGAAGAAAUUAAGGAAAUUGUAGAGCAGAGGAUGAAGGAUCUCGAAUAA